GAUUUUUUAUUUUUAUUAUUUAUCAUAAAAAUGAAGCUCCAUUUGCAAAAUCUCCUAUUUUAAAUGUUAUUUCUGAGAAAAUUAAAAUUCAGAAUUUAGAACCGAAAAACCGACUUAAGAUUCGUGGUCGUCCCUAACCUUGGUUUGGUUUCCCCUGCCGCAAGUAAAAUCCUUCUAUAAACAAGAGAAGAUUUCAGAAGAGGAAGCAAAACUCUUCGUUGUCAAGAUCGAAAGAAAAUAUGACUUCUAUUUCUGAGGAUUCUUUGAAGGAAAGGCUGCAGGAAUUGCAGAAACAGCUCGGGAAGAAACAGAUGUUCGAAGCGGCCGUCUCCUCGAUUAAAUCUUUGCUUAUUGAAACUUAUCCAUCCGCUUCACCCUCUCUCCGGAACUCGAUCUACUCUGUUGUUUGUCGGGUUGCAACCAUUCUACAGUCAAGAUACACUGCACCUGGAUUUUGGCUUGCUGGUUUGCAGCUUUUUGAAGCGGCUGAAGGCUUCAUUACUGAGUCUUCUGAAAGAGAAAAUUUGAAGUCUUAUAUUUCUAGAGCACGUGGUCAUUUGCAUGACAUAGAUGAUCAGUCGGAGGUUCCUCAAUCUGUGCAGAAUAGUAUUCAUAGAGAUUCUGGGUAUCUUUUUGAGGGGCAUCUCACUGUUGAUCCUGAGCCCCCGCAACCUGCAUGGCUUAGGGCACAGAAUGUCAUUGCUGCAGCCGAAUCAUCAAUGAGGCAAUCAGAGAAUGGUAAUGCACCAGAAAGUGCAACUGAAGUUCUACAAGACUUGAUAAAUCACAUGCAACAGAAUUUGCAGGACUUUGAGAGUGUCAUUGAAAGUGCAUUGCUGGAUAUUGAUACUGUUCAUCAUCCAAGAGCACCGCCUGCGAGUAAAGAAGUGGUUGCAAAACUACCUGUUAUCACUAUUACUGAGGAAAUCCUAGCAAAGCUGGGAAAUGAGACAAAGUGUGCUGUUUGCACUGACGAACUGGUUUUAAAUGACGAGAUGCAGGAAUUGCCUUGCAAGCACUUGUUCCACCCACCUUGUCUGAAGCCAUGGCUGGAUGAACACAACUCCUGCCCAAUCUGCCGACAUGAGCUGCAAACUGAUGAUCAUGGCUAUGAGAGUUGGAAAGAACGGGAGAAGGAGGCUGAAGAAGAAAGGAAAGGGGCUGCAAAUGCCGUUCGUGGUGGUGAAUAUAUGUAUGUGUAAUGAAACAUUAUUUUGUAAAUCAUCGUCGGCAUGUAUUGUUAUGAUGUUGGUGUGAAUAAUUUUUUUUAGAUUAAAAGUCAUUCCAAUAUGUCACCAUGUUUGAGCAGAGUUACCUCCUAUUGGUUCUCUAUGCAUUGCUUAGGUAAUAGCAAUGUAAUACACUUAUACUAGUGUUUGAAACCCGUUUUCUUUCUAA